AUGCCGAAAGUGUUUUUGGUAACGUAUAGAUCUGAACACUCAGCGCCAGCCAAAGACUCCUCGUUUAUUUGUGCGAAGCUAUCCUUCUUGGUUAAGAGUUUGCUCUGGGUUCUGACGGUUUCACAACUAGAAGCUGUUCUCUUCUUCCUGAAGUCUAUCAGGCAUCACAUCCAGUUGUCUUCGCAACACGAGAAGUCUUUUUCGCCAGACGUGGGCAAGCAACCUCCCUCAAACCCUCCCUCGGGCGGCGGCGGUGGUCACAUGGGCAGGGGCCCUGGCGACUCCGCUUUCAGUCUUCCGGCGGUGGGUGGCGCGUCUGACCCCAGGCUGGCCAAAACCUUCGAUUUUUACGACGUCCGUGAAAAUUCCUUCUCUUGCCAGAUCCAUCUUAUUGAGAUACACUUUUGUGAAGAUUCCCUCCGUGCAGUCCAGAUGAGCACACAGCUUGCCAAAUGUGGAUCCGUUCGUAUGUCACUGAAAAACCUCCAUUUCGACUACUUCCCUCUUCAUUUAAAAGAAAUCUCUCGCCUCGGAUGGGGGAACUAUGACGAUAUCAAUCGCUCGCGCACACAGUGGAUGGAUUCACUGAAGCCGAAUAGUGAUCCGGAGUCGUGGAUUAGACGACACUUCCAGACGUCGAAUGCGAAUGUGCACGAGACUGUUAUCGUCUUCCACCUGCAAGAUAUCGCUCUUUCCUGUGUCAUGCUAGACUCAUAUAAAACAGAGACGGAAAGUUGGCCACUACUGGUUGAGUGCGCUCGUCCCUACAACAGAAAAACCAUUGUUAAUGCUUUGGACGGCGAGCAGAGAAGUCUCAUGUCAAGCGCGUUUAUCGCCUCGGACACGCUGAUGCACAAAUUGGACACGAAUGCAGAUCUCAUUUCAGCUGACUUAACACAAUGCCGCUCGCUCGGCUCUACCGAAGGCGAACUGCCAACGAUCUUGUUCGUUCAAGUCAACCCCCUGCAUCUCAGGUUUGACGUCGACACGCUCAUUUGGCUUCACGCCUUUCUACUUAAUCUAAGACUAAACCUACAAUCCGUUUUUGAUGAGCCACUGGAACCCGCUGAGCACCCAUCAGCUCCGCCGUUGUUCUGCCGCAUAGAGGCUCUCAGGCCAAGGGUAAUUUUCCCGCUUUGCGUCCCACCGUCGCCUGGCCCGGAGCCUCCCCGUGCCCCCGAGUACCCCUGGAUCGGCCCAACUGCCCUCGUCGUUCAGGUUGAUACCAUGGUUCUACAAAUUUUGCCUAAUCCCCUGAGUGUUCCAAUGAUGCGGAAUUUGGAGUACGCCGUUGACAGCUUACAAAAGCAACUGCGGCCUCUUUCUGCCUGGGGUCGUGAACACACCCCUCCGGACUUGGCUCGGUUUCGCCACUUCACCGACCCAAACAAACAAACAAUGUCGGUAAAUGACAAAUCUCAAGACAUCCUGGUUUGCAUUAACUGCCCCACUGUUUGGGCCGAAUUCCUCACAAUCUGCGAAGCAGCCACCCGAAGUCAUACCGGUCCUUCGUUUAAGACCUACCGCCAGUCCUUCUUCGACCCGGCACCGUUCACGUGCUGGGCCCUCAAAUCGUACCCCCUCCGGCGCCGGUCUCCGGCUCCACCACGCCACGCCGUCAGAUGGUGUCCGAAUCUGGCACGAAGCCUGUCUCCGCCGCCACCCCAGCCCGAGCCACUCAACGUUAUUAUCGACUUCGACACCUCCACUAGCCCCGUUUCGAUGUACGCGGGUAAAACCUCGGCCUGUUCCAGCACCACACGUAAACCGCUUCGCUUUACCCUCGGUCAUUCGGGAGCGGUUUUCACCUUUCGUUCUGUCAAGCGUCUUCGACUGCCCGAUGCCGUAGAUCACCUGGUAUUUUUAUACGGUCUGGCACAUCGGGUGUCGCGUUUGAAAAAUGGUACGGGCCUGGAUUUUGCUGAUAUUGUAGAGCGCCAUCAAGCGAAUGGGGAUGUAAAGCAUUUCCAUGAGUGGGUUCUGACGGCAAAAUGCCUUUUAACACACGGUGUGCAGGUGGAGGUUGCCAGCACAGCGGAUGCCCGAUUCGUCGAUCCACCGCCAGAUUACGAAGUGGAGGAUGGAGCCGUCUCAUUGGCAUCCUCGCUGUCUUCUUUGCCAAAAGACUCCGAAAACUUAGUGGAUGGAACAAUGGGAAGAAACCCGGUCACGAAGUCAAUCAUUGAUGAUGGAAAUAAAGCGUCGUUCGACGUGAGCCAAUCAAAAACACACCUAGGGGGAUUUUAUGAUGGCCAGGCGUCGCGAUUGGGGCAGUCUCGCGGUCUUGAAAAUCCCUUAAUGCUACAUCGUAAGCCCUCACAAAACCUUCAUUACAACUUGUCAAGCUCUGCUUCAAUGAUGUCUUUGGAUAGUGAGGGCUCAACAUUCAAUGAUUCGGUGUCCAUCCCUCACUCUGGAUCACUUGAAGCACUUUUGCCCGAUGACGAGAUUUUAAAUGAGGUGUUUGUUAAUUCAUCUGAGAGCAUUACUUUCGAAGAAGUUGGUGUAGACGCGUCGAACGUCGAAAACGUCAAUGAGCGAUCUGCUACGAUCAUGGACGAGGAGCAAGCCGUUCAUUUUCCCCCGUGGGAAGUCAAACGUCUAAUGCUGGACUUAAACGACCUUUCAGUCGAUGUCGAGAUCACCACGAUUGAGGUUCGAAUGUGGCUCGGCGUGGGGUCAGUAAAUUUUGUCGACCCAGACGACUGCGAGGUGGAUCCCCAGGGGUAUGAGGCGACAAAUAGUGACAGCUCGAACAUCUCGGAUGUUGAUGAUGACGAUAAAGCAUUCCUUAUUACCCUUCGACUGGGUGGAGACUUCCUGCCCGGACGGCCCCAUAAUCUGCUCAGUGAUCAUGACGGGUGGGUGGCUCUGCGCAUUGGAAUGCAGCGCGAGGUCACACUACAUCCAAUCCCCACAACAUGGGAGGUAGUAGAAGCCCUGCUGGGUCAUUUAACUUCGCGUGGUGGCGUCAGGGCUUGCCGCUGGGUGGUCACGCGAGAACCGGGUGCGGGGUUGACGCCGCUCCACAACCCUGCUGAACUCAUCGACCUCUCUUUCUGCCUUGAGAAGGGCCACCUCGUUCUUGACUUAAGUGGGCGACCCAGAGGAAAUAGACGGUCAAAAGACUCGACUAUGAAAAGACAAAGCAAGGCGCCUAUUCAGAAGAUCAAAUUCCUCCAAGGCUUUUCUGCUUCGCUGAAUAAUGAUGGUGUUCUUGAGGUUUGUGGGGCUACACCAGCGGCAUCCGAAUCGGUCGUUAGCAUGGCCCCCACGAUCACCCCAACGCCACCCAACCAUGCCAAUUGUCCUCCAUUGCCCCCCAAGCGCCCACCACCGCCGACACGCCUUCACGACGGCUCCGCUGCCGCCAACCGCACGGCGUCUCUAGCCGAAGAAAACGCCAAACUCCGACUAAUGAUCGAACGGCUGAACGCUCAGGUGCUUUCUCUGUCUACGGAUCUGGCUAAACUCAAGCUCAGAUGUCAAACCUCGACGUACGCCAAGUCGUUCCGGGACCUGUGA